AUGCCGCUUAAGAAAGCAGCCGUAAAGAACGGCAAACGCAAAGCGUCUACAUCCCCCGAACCAGAAACCACAAACGGGCCAUCUAAAAAGCCGAAAAUUACCAAUGGCUCCUCAGACCCCCUCCGCAAGCCUCACCACAAGGCCAAAGAAGCAGAAGAGAAUGGUGUAGUAUUGCGAAAGUACUACCCCCACGAGAUGUCAAAUGCGCGAGCGUUGGCUUAUAACAAGGAUGAACUGCCACGUCCAAUCGAUGAUCUGAAUUCGGCACUUUCAGAGACUCAAUCCGAGCGAGAAAAAAUCGAGGUCAAAGAUGCGGUUGUGCAUUGGUUCAAAUGCGAUUUGAGGACAAAGGAUAAUAAGGGGCUUCAUAUGGCGAGUGAGAAAGCUAGAGAGAAGGGUGUUCCGUUGAUUUGCAUCUAUAUUAUCAGUCCACAGGAUUUUGAGGCACACUUCACAGCUCCUGUCAGAGUGGACUUCAUACUCCGAACUCUAGAAGUCCUGAAAGAGGAUUUAGGGAAACUAGGUAUCCCGCUGUACGUGGAGACAGUUGAGAAGAGAAAGGCUCUUCCAGGAAGGAUAUUGGAGCUCUUGAAAGAAUGGAAUACCAGCCAUAUAUACGCCAACGCCGAGUACGAGGUAGAUGAGCUACGGAGAGAGGCAAAGAUGGUGCACUCGUGCUUAGCAAACGGCAUAGCGAUGGAAGUCGUCGCAGAUACAUGUGUUGUCAGUCCUGGAGAGCUUUCAAGCGGUACCGGAAAGCAAUACUCAGUCUACUCGCCCUGGUUUCGAGCGUGGACCGCACACGUCCACAGCAACAGCAACCUCCUAGACCUCUUCGACACACCCACUAAGAACCCCCCAAACGCCAGGGAAAAGCUCACCAAGCUCUUCGAGACCAAGAUACCGGCUGCUCCCGCAAACAAGAAACUCACCGACGAAGAAAAGAAGCGCUUCCGCUCCAUGUGGCCGCCAGGCGAACACGAAGCACAACACCGCCUCUCCAAGUUCUGCACCGAAGCCAUCAGUUCCUACGGCGCGAAACGCAACUUCCCCGGCGACACGGCGACCUCGUCCCUGAGCGUGCACUUCGCCAGCGGGACCCUAUCCGCACGAAGCGCCAUCCGCACCGCGCGCUCACAGAACACCAGCGCGAGCCUCAACGCCGGUCUCGAAGGCAUCCAGACGUGGAUCUCCGAAGUCGCAUGGCGCGAUUUCUACAAACACGUCCUGGCGCACUGGCCAUACGUGUGCAUGUCCAAGCCCUUCAAGCCGGAAUACACCAACAUAGAAUGGGAAUACAACAGUGCGCAUUUCGCGGCGUGGCGCGAGGGCAGGACCGGGUAUCCGAUCGUAGACGCGGCCAUGCGACAGCUGGCGCACUGCGGGUACAUGCACAACCGGUGCCGGAUGAUCGUGGCGAGUUUCCUAGCCAAGCAUCUAUUGCUCGAUUGGCGCAUGGGCGAGCGGUAUUUCAUGGAGCAUUUGGUUGAUGGGGACUUUGCGUCGAAUAAUGGCGGGUGGGGUUUUAGUGCUAGCACGGGUGUGGAUCCGCAGCCUUACUUCCGCAUCUUCAAUCCCCUGUUGCAGAGUGAGAAGUUUGAUAAAGAGGGCGUGUAUAUUCGCAAGUGGGUCAAGGAGCUCGCAGACGUGCAGGGCAGCGCCAUUCAUGAGCCGUAUGCGAGGGGCGUGGGGAAGAAGGUCAAGGAGAAGGGGUAUCCGGAACGGAUUGUGGAUCACAAGGAGAGUAGGGAGAGGUGUUUAGCUAGGUAUAAGGAGGGGCUUGGGAGGGAGACUACGUGA